AAGUCCAUCCUUUGUCUUCUCCAUUUCCUCUUUUCUCCAUAGCAAUUGUAUGAGCUUCUGUGGCUCUGUUGUUCAGACAGGUGUGGAGGAGUGUGAAUCUGCCCCACCCCUGGAGAAAGCUCUCACCAUCACCUUUCUACCCUUGCACUAAUGUGACUCUUGCACUAAUGACCAUCUUCAAUGUGCAGAUGAAGUCAACUCUCGAGAGUUCACAGAACAGGAUGACAGCAGAAGCCUGGAACCCUGGCUGUGUGGACUCUGUACCUCACCAGACUUUUGUGGACACAAAAACGACCUGACCAGGUCAACACCCUCUUUCCUAAAAUUGAAGAAUGCAGAAGAACCUAGCAGGGUGAUCCUGACCUUGGGCCAAGUUUGAGACCAGACAGACUACAGUUGAUUUCAGGGAUUGGAAACAAAUGGAAUACAUAUGAUUGCCCAGAGGAGAGCCCCAGGCCAAUUAUGAGCAAGUACCAAUGUCCCCCUAAAUAUUACCACAGCCUUUAGAUACCGACAUAUAUCAGAGAGGUGCAGAUGCCUUUAUGGUUAGGUGUAUCACUGGGCUCCAGGAAACAUUUUCUUGCCUUCCUCCCCAACAUGAGAGGGAAAUGGACCUCCAGCAUUAGGAACUGAGUUGUCAGAAAGGAGAGACCUGAGGUUUUUCUUCAUUCCCCCUCCAAACACCCAACACCCAAUACCUACCCAAAAUAAUGACAACAGGCCCAUGUCUAGAUACGGGGCCAUGACAUACGAAGACAGAGUGGUCAGGUAGAGUGACUGAUGCCCAUAAUUUCUGCACUCAAGGAAUGGAGGGUUUCUGUGAGUUCAAGUUCAGCUUGAAAUAGUGCAUUCCAGCCCAUCCUGGGUUGCAAUGUGAGAUACUCUUUCAAAUAAACAAGAUCUGAGACAUAUCUCAGUUGGUAGAGUGCUUGCCUAGCAUGCAUGAAGCCCUGGUUUCAAUCCUGAGCACAGCAUGAAUGGCGUGUGGUAGAUCACACCUAUAAUAACCUAGAUUCAGGAAGUAGAAGCAGGAGGAUCAAUUCUACGUCAUCCUUAGUUGUAUAGAGCCAGAUUGAGCUAGAGAUCUGCCACAAACAAACAAACAAACAAACAAACAGAAUAAGAUGGAAGAGGAGAGAAAAAGCUGUGACCUACAGGUCUGUACCCUUUGUGGGGACUCUGUAUCAACAUAAACUCUGAUUAAGGUAUCAGGAUCACAGUGUUUGCUGAACCAGCUGCGUGAAGCCAGAAAUAGUGCCAGAGACCCCAUGGACUAAGAGCAUGCUAUGGAAGGCUAAGCUGAAUUUUGGAAGGAGAUGGUUCCUCUGUGCUCACAGGGAAGGAGCAAGAAAAGAUUGACAGCUAUCAGGUCCACUCAGGAAGUGGCAGGUCACAGAGGGUGGAGCAGCCUGAACAGAAAAGGAAAUACUUUCCAGGGCUCUGCCAGGUGUGGGAAGGUUGUAAAACACUUAGCUGAAGGCUAAGGGACAAGUGGCAUCUUAAUCCAUGGCAGUGUCUGACGGUGUGCCCCUAACUGGAAGUGAUAGGAACCAGUGCCCCUGAGUCCUGGAGCAUCUUCAGAGCACUUCCUGUACCAGUUUAACUGGAGCCUCCCCGGGGACCAGGAAGCAGAGGACAGAAAGGAGAACUCGGCAUGUGAACACUGGACUUUCUAGAAGAACACUGCCCCUCCUCCUCUUGGGCUGGUGUGGGCAGAGGACAACAGAGCUGAAGAAAUGACCCCAGGAGUGAUGGGAGUGUGGCUGCCUUCAGCUCUGCUCCUCUUGCAGGUCCCAGGCUGUGUCCCUCUGCGUGGCCCCAGCAAGGUGACAGGCACUGUGGGGGAGUCCCUGAGUGUGCGGUGUCAGUACGAGGAGGAACACAAGACUAACGACAAAUACUGGUGCAGAGUUUCACUACCAUUAUGUAAAGUGAUUGUCAGGACCAGAGCCUCAAAAGAAGCUGGGAAUGGCCGAGUGUCCAUCAGGGACCAUCCAGCCACCCUCACCUUCACAGUGACCUUGGAGAACCUCACCUUAGAGGAUGCAGGCAUCUAUAAAUGUGUGGUGGACAUACCGUUUAUCAAUGGCUCAUUCUGGGAAACCAUUCCCACCUUGGGGAUCGAUGACUCCUUCAAAGUUGUGGUGUCGGUGGACCCAGUCACAGGCUCUAGCCCCGAGAACAGAGCAAGUAGCCUGGGGUCCCCCACAUCCUCACCAGUGCACACUCAGCACAGCGUGACCACAGACGACACAACUCCUGGUCCCAGCCUACAACCCCGGUCCCUGCAAAGCAGAAUCUUCUUCAAGGUCCUGGUCUUUCUGGAGGUGCCCCUGCUCCUGAGCAUGUUCAGUGCUGUCCUCUGGGUGAACAGGCCUCAGAGAUGCUCUGGGAAGAAGCAGCAUUGUCCCGAUUAUGAGAAUCAGUGAGGUCUGUUGACAUCAAAGCUCUGUUCGUGUCCCUGGACACAGCUCUUCUGGUGACAGAGGACAACAAAUAAAUCUGUGAUUCUGAGAAUACUCU